AUGACUUCUUUAACAUCUGUAGUUGGCGAAACUACAGGUAACUUACUAGUAGUCAAUCGAGAUAAAUAUGAUUUCAUCGAAGAACAAAAAUUUGAAUUUCCAGAUAAUUCAAAAUUUGUACAAUUAAGUACUUCAACAGCACAAUUACACUUUUCUGACGAAUAUCCAUUUUCAUUUGAAAAUAUGUUUCCAAUGCAGCAUACGCUUCUCUUAGAUGCUUCAGAACUACCUCUACCAGACGUUGAUAAUGAUGUUCAAAAUACCAUUGUUGAAACACAAUUCAUACAAGGUACCACACCAGAAAUUGAAAAUCCAGAAAACUUCGAAAGGCAAAGAGCCUAUUUUCAAGAAAAUGGAAAAAUGCAAAUACCAAUAUCAUUUCUAACAAAUCCAGAUGAUUCUAUCCCCGAAACAUUAGAUGAUGAUCAGAUUAUAUCGCAAUUUGUUGAAAUCGAUACUUGCAGGAAGCCCGAAACAAUUUAUAUGUUAAAUUUUGAAAAUGCAAUUAUUAAAGGCGUUGUCCAAUCGCGAUUUUUUGAAAGAAUACAAAAAUUCACCAAAAUCGAGAUCUUAUCAUUAAAUAAGACAGGAAUUAACCAAUUACCAGAUAUUACUUUUCCAAAACUAAGAAUUGUUACUGUUACAGACAACAAGAUCCAGCAGUCAGAGACUCUUCUUCGUUUUGCUCAACGCCACGAGUCUCUAGCUAUCUUAGACUACCGAAGAAAUCCAAUUUCAUCAGAUGAAAACACCAGAAACGAACUAACUGCAACAUGCGUGAACUUAUCAUUCCUCAAUGGCCACUCCAUCUCCAUCAGAGAUCAUAUUUUGGCAAUGAGAUCUUUCAAUAACAUUGCUAACAUUGAAAAAAUCCAGUUUCUCUACCUGAUGAAACAAAUUCCAGAGAUCAAGUAUCUUGAGCAAUGGGAUCCAAUGAUGAUCUGCCACUUAUCUCUUCCAUCCUGUGGUCUGAAAUCAGUUUUGCUGCAUGAUUUCAAAAAUCUGCAAUCACUGAACUUGGCUGAUAACGAUCUGACCACUUUGACAGACAGUGGCAUCGUCAACUGUCAGCUCCUUAUAUCUUGCGACUUCACAAAGAACAAAUUCCAGGAAUUCGCAGACAUAGAACCACUCAAACUUUGCAUGAACCUAUUACAUGUCACUUUUGCCGAUAAUCCUAUCAAAAACUACAGAUCGCAGCUUAUCUACAAGUGUAGGAGAUUGAAAGGCACUUCUGCUAUGAAUGGUCUUGCCUCUAUUGAUGGAAUUCCUGCCACUUUGCACGAACUUAUAGAUUCAAUGGCCAAAGCACAUCCCCUCCAUUUCAGCUCUCAGAGAUCGAAUCUUGUAAUGCAGGGAACCAUUGACAAAGUGAUUGGUAAUCGCCAGAUAGAAUCGGAUCCUAAUAUCUACCAGAAAUUGACUUCCUUCUCCGCUCCAAACAAAAACUUAUACUACUUCGAUGUUUCAAAAUUCACAAAUUUAACACAUUUGAUUUUGAGAGGAAACAGCUUUGAAAAGAUCAAUGGACUUAGCAACUGCAAGAAGCUGCGUCUUCUCGACAUCUCCCACAACGAGAACCUCAAGAUAAACCUCAUGGAAGAUGAUAUCAGGCAGCUCAAAGAUCUGCAGUUUCUGAUGGUUGCCAUUGACUGCUGGGAUGAUAAACUCAAAUCUGUUAUCAGUUUCGAAGAGCUCUACGAGAAGACAAACAAGAAGAACUCAAUAAGAAAUCCACUGUUCAGGAAGCAGAUCAUCUCAAUGUUUGUCAAAGAGCUCCCACACUUGUCAUCCAUCGACAGAGCGAGAAUUACUGUUCCUGAGAGAAUGAAAGCCAUCAAAGACAUCGGACUCACAAAUAUGCAGAGGGAAGUCUACAGAAUUCACGUAGCUCUGCUUCAGGCAAGUUGUCCUGCAAAGUGGCUCUCACUGAAUCCAAGUGAAGUCCUCCCUGGAUGCCAGUACAAACAGGCAGAUAUCAUCAAACUGCACAGACUGACAAACUGCGGAUUGAAGACGAACGAGUUCCUUACUUUCGAGAAUUUCACCAAUUUGGUUGAAAUCGAUCUGUCACACAACAAAAUAACAAAUAUCACAACUCUGGGAUUUGAUAAACUGAUAAAACUGAAAAUGAUUGACUUGAGCUACAAUCAAAUUGAGGAAAGACCAGAGAUUGUUGGAGCAUACAUCGACAGAAUCCAAAACUUGGAGUAUAUCUCUCUUAGAAACAACCCAUUCAUAAACAAAGAGUCAAAAGUAACUCUCUUGCUCCAAAGUAUCAAGAGAUUAACAAAAAUAAACGACAGUUUACGUGUCGUUGACACAGAAAUCAUCCCUCCAAAGAUUGUGAAAACAUUCAAAAUCAACAGCACUGAACUUGGAGUCUACAUGUUCCAGCUCGCGAUAAAGAUCAGGAUUCCAUUCGGAUUUGAUAAAGUGAUGGUGUCCGAACUCGAUCUCUCCAACUGCGGCCUGGAUUAUGUCGACAUCACUCAGUUUCCGAACUUGAAGAGACUCGUCCUCAAAAACAACAACAUCAAAAACAUCAAAGAUAUGCUCGGUUUUCAUGGAAAUGACAAACUUGAGAUUUUAGACGUAAGAAACAACAAAUUCGACGAUUUGGCUUUUCUUGUUGGACUUCUCACUUUCCUCCCUUCUCUCAUCAACUUCGGCUGCUCAGGAAAUCCGUGCUGCACUAAGAACUACCGCCAGAUAAUCAUCAAGCACUUCCCAUCUCUGACAAAAUCCGAUUCAAAGUUGAUUGCGAUCGAUGACCAACUUUUGCUUCCACUGGAAAUCAAAGAUUCCCAAAAGAGCGACAAAAUUCCAGACUUCAAUCAGUUCUGCUUGGACUUAGUUCUGAACAGAAACAAAACUCACGAUGAAGUCCUCGAUUUGCGUUCUGCCAAUUUGUCAGGGCCACUCGACUUCAGAAAUUAUCCAAAGCUGAAGUACCUGAAUCUGUCUGACAACAGGUUGACAACGGAAAGCAUAACAAACGGCGGCUUGGACCUCUGCAACGACUUGGAGUACUUGGACAUUUCCAAGAACAAAAUCGACCACAACACUAUUUGUCCGUAUUUGGGAACAUUGCACAACCUCAAGUAUCUAAAGGUUGAUGACAAUCCUAUUUGCCAGAAGAAAGGCGACUGGAAAGAAUUCCUUCUUUUUUACGAGAAGAUUGCAGACGUCAGGAACAAUCUGCAGACAGUCAACGACCACUACCUGACAAUUGAUGACAAAGUAGAGAUAAUCAAGCACCAAACUUCAAACGAAGAAAUUGCGGAGUCAUUCAGAACAGAGUAUUUGCUCUACAACCAGUCGGAGAAGUGGCAGAAUUCGAAGUCAAUCUACAUAUCAAAUCUCAAACUAAUGAACUUCUCCAUCAUCCAGUGCUGCACAAACCUCACGACGCUCAAUAUCUCCAAGAACAGAAUCAGGCACCUUUCAAAACAGGGCCUGCAGAAACUGAAAAACCUGAGAGACUUAGAUAUCUCAGAGAACGAGAUAGAUUCAAUCGAAGAGAUCAGGGAAGAGCUGUCGAUACUUCCAAACUUGGAAAGACUCUUCAUGAGGCUCAGUACGGCAAACAAAAGCGACACGAAGGAUCCAUUGCUUUAUGUCGACUACAUCUGUGCAGUUCUUAGAGGCCUGGCCGAUAUCGACUACUGUGGCAAUCCAUUCCCUCUGAAAUCGAAGGAUCUGAACGCUCUGAAAGAUCUCCAGCAGAUUACUCAGUGGUACAACCCGAACCACAUCCACGACAUCGACCUGUCGAAUAAGAACAUUGACUCUCAGAAAUUCGCUUCCCUCCUUUCCCCUCUUUCGAUUCUUUCUCCAAAAAGCAUCACAUUCAAAGGCAAUCCGUGCACUGAGAUCGACAAGUACAGGUACAUGCUCAUCCUCAACGUCCCAGAUCUUCAGACUAUCGAUGGAAACAUCGUUACGAUCGACCAGAGAAUGAAUGCAGACAAAAACAUCAGAAAGACAGCAGGAAGUUCUGCAGCAGAGGACAUCAUCAUUGACGGUGCUUUAGUUGCUGCUGAAUACCUCGAUAAAGACGACAGGAACCAAACUAUCGACACAAUCAAAACUACUGCAGAAUAUGCUGUUAAAUACGGCACAAUGAUGAUGAAAUGGGAGAUUUUCAUCACAUUCCAACAAGUUCUUUCACUGAUUAUCUCUCUCAUCGGAUAUGUUGUCUGGCCAGAGAUAUUCAAGUACUUCUGGUGGCUGAGCUGGAUCUUUACCAUCGAUUUGAGCUUCCUCAAGUAUCUUCUCGACAUCAAAAUUCCCGACUGGUACCAAUACAUUUCAUACUUCUUAUAUAUUUUCAUACCAAUUUUAGUUUACUCCCUGUACCAUUUCCAACCGAACAGAGACUACUGGCACACGCUGUUCACGAAGCGGUACAAAAUGUUCCGACUGUACGUUCUGUGGCUAUUCAUCUGCUUGCUGCUUUUCUCCGCCGGCCUCUCUUUUCUGAUGGACAUCAACACAUCGAUCCAACACAGUAAAGUAACAAAUAAUCAGUGCGCAUGGAUGACUGUUCUGAGCGUCCUGUCUGUGAUUAUUUGCAUCUUUGUCGGAUACCUCGGCCACCACUAUCACAAGAACAGCGACAGCCCUGUCAUGUGGUUCAGAGCAAUGAAGUUCAAGAAGAGAUUCGCACUUUUCAUCCUCACAGUUCUCUACUUCCCGGUCUGCAAGAGCUUCGUCGACACAUUCACUUGCACAGACAAUCACUCGAAGGCAUUCUCUGAUUUGGUCUGCUUCAAGUCAAUAAGCGACUUGACAAUUGUUACAAUUGUUUCAUUCAUUUUCGGACUUGUUUAUGCGAUCGGAUUCCCAAUCUUCUUCAUCCAGCUGAUCAGAAAAGGUGUUCAUGAGAUAGAUCUCAAUUACAGAAUUGAUGUCAGACUCAAGCAGCUCGAGGAGAAGAAGAAGGAAGUAAAGAAACUAAAGAAGGAAGGAAAAGAUACGUUUUUGGAUGAAAUUUCACUGAAAAAGUCAGAGAAAGACAUCGAAACAAGUUAUGCAACAGCAGCUAUGGAGUACGAGAAUGCUGCAUCUUACCUGUACAACGCGUACAAGAGGAAGAACAGAUUCAGCAAAGUAUUUUCUAUGAUUGAGAAACUUGUUUAUCUCCUAAUUUCAUCUUUCGUUCCCACAGCAGUGAUCAAAGCGAUCGCAUCAACUGCUGUAAUGUCUGGAAUGGCCGGUCUCCAAGUCAUUCUGCUUCCAUUUGUUGCAUUAAGUGAAAAUGUUGCCGAAAUCGUCGCUAAAUCAAGCAACUUGGCCAUCUUAAUUGUUGGCGACUGCAUAACAUUCAACCUUGUUAAAAGCGGCUCUGUUCUCAGUGCUGUGCUCGGAAUAGUCCUCAUUCUUAUUGUAAUCAUCGUGAUAAUUGUCACUCUAUACUACCUGUGCAAGGCACACUGCAAGUGCUGCCACUGCGUAUGUUGCUGCGCUGACGAAGAAGUCGACUCAGACGACAUUUUGCUGUACGACAUGGCCAACAAAGAAGAAGAAGAAGAGGAGGAGGAAAUAAUUGAGGAAAAAGAAAAGGAGGACGAGGAAGUGAAAGCAGAACAGAAUUCAAUGAAUGUCGAGAGCUUCAAGUCAAGUGUUCUCUCAGUUUUGUCUUCCAUCAACCAAGGAACUAAGGCUUACAGAGGAAUCAAAAUCAACCCGUUGCUGUCCAGGGCAGCUUUGAAUACAGAACUCGUUUCGGUAGAGAGCCAGUACAGGACAAGAUCCAUCAUAUCCCACUUCAAUCCGGAUGACGAGGAGUACUCAGAAAAUAAGGAAUCAACAUCAUCUUCAAGUAAUAGAAGAGAGCCUCCAGACUCAAGAUUUGGAAAAUCUUUGAAAGCAAGAAUUGCUUCUGCCACUGAAGAAUAA